AUGUCUAAUUUACAACAACAAGAUCAGGCAACUGGUAUAACUGCUGCUAAUGGUGAUGGUAAUAUAUUUUAUCCAAAAUUAAGCGGCAUCUCAACAACUAAACCAUCACAAUUACUAUCAACAACAUUAGCUGAUCAAACACUAUAUGAGAAUUAUAAUUUGAAAUGGGAUGAAGCUUCAUUAGAACAGAAAAUGGCAGCACUAAAAUUGGAAACCCAAAAACAGUUACUCAAUGAAUUUAUGCUUCGAAAAGCUCAAAUGCAAAAUGUUCCAUUAACUUAUCCGACCGAAAUUCAUCUUCGUACACCAAAAGCGCCAAGUCAACGAAAUCGUGAAUUGUAUAAGACAGCAUUAUGUGAUUUUUGGAGCGCUGGAAUACCAUGCCGAUUUGGUGAACGUUGUUGGUUUGCACAUGGUCCACAUGAACUUCGUAUUGCACGUUUUGUUUAUCCUGGUUUGCAUCCAUACGAUUAUGAAGUUCGUAUGAACACUCCAAAUGCAUUAUCAUCAAUUUAUGGACGACGUCUCUGGAAUAUGGAACAAAGUUAUCCAGCAGCUAAUGCACAACCUACAACGAUCACUCCAAUGGGCCAAAAUGUACCAAUUGGUUAUGAACGCAAGCUUCGUCGCAUAUCACCGAUUCAUGAGAAUGCGAAUUCGAAGAGUUGGAAUACAACACAACGUGUAUCGGAUGGUGAUUCCGGUAUCGGAAGUACAGGCACUAAUAAUUCACCAGAAGUAAAUGCAAAAUAUAGGGAAAACACGAAUGUAGCAAAUUAUCAAUUUUCCCCAUUUCAUGAAACACCAUUAACCAAUGAGAACAGAAUAGUACCAUCGCAUCUUCAACGUCCAUUGGAUACAUUGACAUUUACAAAUCGGGAGCAAUCAGAUUUCUCAAGAAACGAAGCAUAUAAUCACUGGUUAAGUACCGGAACAAUACAGAAAAGCAGUAUAUCGUUAACAUCGGGUUUAGAACAGACGAGUUGGUGGCCUGACACAAUCAAUAAUGCAUAUCCUUUCAUUAAUCGUCCAAGCCAAAACACUCAGCUUAAUCACAAUGCGGCAGAAUCGACGAAUGAACCAUGCUAUUCAAUGUGUAUUGAAGCAACGGUCGACAAAAUUGAAGUUUAA